AUGUCGAAUCACUGUUUAUCAAGUGCUCAUUUCCUCACUAUCGGAGCAACCCGCUCCCUUCCCUUGCAACCAAAACCACUUCUCUUCUCCCUCACUCUCUCUUCUCGCUCUCACAACCUCCACUCCUCAAUCGUCGCCGUCUCUUCCAAAAAGAAAAACAAGGAAAAAAUUACUCAUGUUACAGAGGGGAACGACGAGGAGGAUGCAUUUGAAAUGCUGUUUAAGCAACUUGAAGAAGAUCUCAAAAACGAUGACGACGAUAGCGUCGAUGAAACAUCGGAAGAGGAUAUGGCUUUGUUUGAACGUGAGUUGCAAGGUGUGUUAGGUGAUUUUGAUGAUGCUGAAAAAACCGGCAAGGGUGGAAAUGAUAACUCGUUGAACCUUAGAACUUGGCAAUUGAAUAAAUUGGCUAGAGCCUUAAAAGCUGGACGCCGCAAAACAAGUAUAAAAACUCUUGCUGCUGAGCUCUGUCUUGAUAGAUUUCUUGUUCUUAAUUUGCUUCGUAACCCUCCUCCAAAUCUUCUGAUGAUGAGCUUAUCGAUACCUGAUGAACCCACACCAUCAGCAAUAUCUACACCAGGAGAGAAUUUUUAUCAAGAAACAAGUGCAGAUCAUGCAGAAUCUGGACCCAAGUCUAACUUACCUAUUCAUACCAUGCAAGAGAAUUGGUCUUCUCGAAAGCGAUUGAAAAAGGCUCACCUUGACACUCUAGAGAGAGUUUACACGAGAUCAAAGCGGCCCACUAAUGCAAUGAUUUGUAAUAUUGUGCAUGUUACAAACCUUCCGCGGAAAAAAAUUGUUAAGUGGUUUGAAGACAAACGCGCCGAGGACGGAGUUCCAGAACAGCGCCUUCCUUAUCAUCACUCAGCUAAUGAAACUGAUUGA